UCUUCAGAUCUCAGCUGUGGUGUUUAAAUACCAUAUUCAUCUUUGAUAUAAUUGUUCUAAUCAUUUCAAUUUAUGCAUUAAUUUUCAAAGAAUUAAGAUGGCAGCUUAUGCAGCUCUGGUUUCUCUUAAGCGUAUCAUAGAUGAUAUUGAAACUCAUCCUUCCCCUCCGAUUUCUCUCGACAAACAACAAGUCCAAUCUCUCACACAAAUAGUUACCUUCUUGCAGGAAUUUCUCGAAGGCUACAAGUCACCCUACGAGUAUAGCGAUGAAGCAGAUCCAUUGGAGAUUCACAUUAUGGAUACAGCUCAAGCGGUUGAAGACGUGAUCGAGUCUUAUAUAAUCGACACAAUCAAGCUUUCUGACGCAGCAACCGAUGACGGUGGUGAUGAACAAAUCAGUUGCAUCCAUUUCUAUCAAGAUCUGCAAAACGUGAUAGAAAAUAUGGAUUUGAUCAAGAAAGAGGUGACUGCGAUCACAAUGGAGAAGGAAGAGCACAAGAGAAAUGUGGCAUCUGAUGAUGUUGGUUUAAGAUUCAAUUCCACUGGGAAGAAGCAUCUAAUGAUAGGGUUUGAUGAUAUGCUUCUUCAACUCCUGGAUAGGCUUACUGAUGCAAACACCAAUCGCAAAAUAAUCCCUAUUGUAGGGAUGGGUGGCAUCGGCAAAACCACUCUUGCAAAAGGUGCGUUUGAACACAAGCUUAUUAAGGAGCAUUUUGAUAUUUGCGUGUGGACUACCAUUUCCCAAGAUUAUAAUAUUGUAGAAACUCUUAGGGAAGUUCUCACUCGAGCCGGAGAAUCCUCGAGCAGUAUGGAUGAGAAAGAAUUGGAAGUAAGAUUACACAAGUGCUUAUGGGGUAGUAGGUAUCUCAUUAUAUUAGAUGAUAUGUGGAGUAUAGAUGUGUGGGAUAGGUUAAAAUUUUCCUUUCCAGAUUGCGGUGAGGGUAGUCGACUUGUAGUAACCACGAGGAUGUCGAACUUGGCUGCCCAGUUGACUGAUUCCUAUAGCCUCGUUAAGAUUGGGUUUCUAGACGAGGUUAGUAGUUGGACCUUGUUCUCCAAAAUUGUAUUUGGAGAACAAAGCUUUCUUACUCAACUAGAGAGUAUCGGAAAGAAAAUUGUGAAAAAGUGUAAUGGACUUCCUUUGUCUAUUGUUGUGAUAGGGGGUCUAAUGGCUAAAUCCGAAGUUACACUAGAAUAUUGGGAGCACAUAGAGGAGAACUUAGCCUCAAUUGUGAAUUCGGAGAAUGAAGAUUAUUGCUUGAGAAUAUUGAAGCUGAGCUAUAACUAUUUGCCUGCCUAUCUAAAGCCUUGUUUUUUGUAUAUGGGAGUGUUUGAGGAAGACAAGGAAAUUACGGCUUCAACAGUCGUCCGAUUAUGGAUUUCUGAAGGAUUUCUUAAACCAAUAGUCAACAAAAGCUUGACAAGAGUUGCCGAACAAUACUUGAAAGAACUAGUGGAUAGAAAUCUCAUUUUAGUUCAUAAGUCGUGCAUACUUGGGGAUGUGUUAUCCUACAAAAUUCAUGAUUUACUUAGAGAUCUAUCAAUGAAAGAAUCUGAGAAACAGAGGUUUUUUUAUGUGUUGAGGGAUCAAAGUCCUCAAGGACUAAUUGGCCAACAACGUAUUGUUAUUCCUGAAAGCACUUUAAAGGAAAAAAUCAAGGAUGCAUUGGAAUAUAUGCUCCAUGCUCGUUCUUAUUUGGUAUUUGGUAAUCAAACAACUAGGCGAUUCCCAAAUUCUAGAUUUUUGAGGUUAUCGGGUUGUUGGGUAAUUGAAGAGGAGUAUUUACAACUAAAUGUGUUUGAGUUGAUGAACUCACGAUAUCAUCGUCUUGAUACUUAUUACAAGUUUGUAAUUCCUUCUUCCAUCAAUCUGCUUUGGAAUCUAGAUACACUAAUUAUUAGUUUUGAGGAAGAAUUUAUAGCACCAAGUGAAAUCUGGAAAAUGUAUAAACUUAGGCAUCUCGAGUUUGAAUAUCGGAGAUUGCAUCUCCCAGAACCCCCGAGCGCGGACGAUGAUAUUAUCAUGAUGGAGAAUCUAGAAGUGCUCAAAGGAGUGAUAAAUUUCAAUAUAAGUGAAGAUAUUGUUAAAAGAAUUCCCAAUAUUGAGGAAUUGGAUAUGACAUAUGAGGGGCAACUAAUGGAUGGAGUGGACUAUCUGAGCUGUCUUCUUUGUCUUAGUAAACUGGAAUCCUUGGAGUUGUGGGCUUACUCCCCUGAUGUUGGAAAGUAUCUGCAGAAGAUCAACUUCCCACCCUCACUUAAAGAGUUGUUUCUUUCGCUACCAAGUGAUUCAGAAUGGGAGGACAUACUGCCAACGAUAGGCUCCUUACCACUUCUUGAGACGCUUGAAUUAAAUGGAGGCCGCUUCAGAACACGCGAGUGGGAAACAAUGGAAGACCAUUUCCAGAGUCUCAAGUCACUAAAACUGUAUGAAUGUGGUGAUCUAGAAAAGUGGACAGUGACAGAGAGCUCCCACUUUCCACUUCUUAUACAGCUUCAUCUUUUUGUGUUAGAUGAAUUGAAGGAGAUUCCUGCAGAAAUAGGAGAAAUAUCAACACUCAGGUCAAUUAAAUUGUACUUAUGCAAUGAAUCAGUGGUGUUGUCAGCUAAACAGAUAUUUGACGAACAACAGGAUUUGCAUGGAGACCAAAUUGACCUUCUUGUUCACGCUACAGUUUGGAUGGAAGAUGAAUCACUGCAAAAGUUGGCAACUUCCAAUUUUAAAGUUAUAGUGCAUUCUAUAUAUAGGUAAGUAAGACUGAUGUUUUUUUAAAUAUCACUCUUCUUUUAUGUGUUUUUAAUUUCCCCUCUAAUUCUAGUUAAUUUUCUCUCUUACGCUUUAUUUGAGAUGGUUAGGAACAAGUCUAAUUGAGAUGGUUGAGAUAAAUAUAGAUGGUUAAUUUAAAUACAA